AUGGGAGAUGUCAAGGAAUCAAAAAUGCAUAUAACACCGGAAACUCCAGGAAGGAUUCCUGUUUUAAAUCCUUUUGAAAGUCCUGGCGAUUAUUGCAGUCUCCAUGAACAAACUCUCUCCAGCCCUUCUGUGUUUAAGUCAAAAAAAUUACCAACUCCAGAAAAAUUUAGGUGGUCUAUUGAUCAACUAGCCAUAAUAAAUCCUGUAGAAAUAGACCCAGAAGAUAUUCAUCGUCAGGCUUUAUACUUAAGUCGUUCUCGAAUAGAUAAAGAUGUGGAAGACAAAAGACAAAAAGCCAUUGAAGAGUUUUUCACUAAAGAUGUCAUUGUACCUUCUCCUUGGAUUGAUCAUGAACGAAAACAGCUUUCAGAUAAUCAUUCCAGUAAAUGUGUUAACAUAAAUAAUGGAUCUCCUGUUGAAAGAAAACUGACAGUACAGCCUGAGAAAUGUAAUGCUGCUUGUCAAACACUGCUGUCUCUUCCUGUGGAUUUUAAUUUAGAAAAUGUAUUAGGUGACUAUUUUAGAGCUGAUGAAUUUGCAGAUCAGUCUCCUGGAAACCUCAGUUCUUCAUCUCUCAGAAGGAAGCUGUUUUUAGAUGGCAACGGGAGUAUCUCUGACUCCUUAUCUUCCCCACCUCUCAGAAGUCCAAAUGGUGGGACUCAAGCCUCACUUGAAGUCUUUUAUUCAAUAAAUUUAUCUCCUGUGUCAAGUAAGAGCCCAGAGCAGACACCAAAUUCGGAACAGUUCUCUUCAAGCCCUAUUCGGGGUAGUGCAAAAAAAUACAGUUUGGGAAGUAUAACCAAUCCUUCACCUAUUUCUUCACCCAGUUUUUCACCGGUAGCAUUUCAAAUAGGAAAAACACCGCACUCAGAACAAAGGAAGUUUACCUUGCAUUCACCUGAUGCUUCAUCUGGAGCAAAUCUGAAUAAAAUUACUAAUCGGUGUAUCCAAAGCCCAUACAUAGACGGCUGCUCGCCAAUUAAAAACUGGUCUCCGAUGAGGCUUGAGAUGUAUCAAGGUGGAACCCCGUAUCGGACUUCACUGAUCCGAAUCCCAUUCACACUUGAGACUCCCAGUGAAGAUGAAGAAGAGAAAACAAAUAAGCCUUCCACUGUCACCUCCUCGCCAGGCAUGGACGCUGCUGGAGUCCACCCGAGGCAGCUGAAUAACGACGUUUCUCUGCACUGCUCACGCUUGAUGGUGACGGCCAUGUCUGUCGUGCAGAAUCAGUCCAGCGCCUCUGAGAAAGAGUUAGCACUGCUGGAAGCUGAAAGUGAGAAGAACAAUACGGUGGAUAUGCUUGACCCUAUAGAGAUAGUCGAUGACAACACUUGGAUUAAGGAGCCCAUUGAUAAUGGCAGCUUACCCGGGACUGAUUUUGUGAGUGGGAUUGCGUUCAGUAUCGAAAACUCACAGAUGUGCAUGUCACCUCUUGCAGAAAGCAGUGUCAUUCCUUGUGAAAACAGUAAUAUUCAGAUGGAUAGUGGCUAUAAUACACAAAAUUGUGGAAGCAAUACGAUGGAAACAGUUGGAACAGAAAGUUACUGCAAGGAAAGUGAUGUGCAAACUUUGGAAAUUGAAAACAAACCACAAGUUUUUCAUACAAAGCAAGACCACAUAACAUCAAGAUGUUAGAUGAAAACAGCAAAUCGGCC